ACCCCCCGGCAGCGGAGCCGCCGCCGCAGGCCCGAUGGACGCGGAGGCGGCCCGGGGGCUGUAGGACCCCCCCAGCGGCAGGAGCGGCCGGGCCGGGCCGGGGGGUCCCGCCGUGCCGGGGGUCGCGCCCGUCCCCGUGUCCUCGCCAUGUCGGGGGCCCUGAGCAAGCGCAGCGACCUCGCCAACGACAACCGGUGCCCGGGGCUGAGCCUGGGGCUGUCCCCCGAGCCCCGCACCGGGCCCGGCGGGGCCCCGGCCGAGGAGCUGCCCGGCGGCGGCUGGGCGAAGGCCGGCCGGGACCAGAACCGCAACGAGCUGGAGCCGGGGCCGGGCCCGGGGGCGUCCCCGGGGGCGCUGGAGCCGGGGGUCCAGGCCCGCAACGCCCGGAACGCCGCCGGGGACCCCCGGGCGCUGCUGAUCGGCGCCUCGGAGGAGGAGGAGGAGGAGGAAGAUGAGGAGGAGGACGAGGAGGAGGAGGACGGGGCAGGGGUCUCCCCGCCGGCCCUGGGCGCGGAGCGGGGCCCGCGGGAGCCCCCCGGGCGCAGCGCCAGCCGCCUCUUCGGGGGGCCCGGCCCCGGCAGCGACGAAGACUCGAGCUGGGCCACGCUGAGCCAGGGCAGCUCCCCCGACGAGCCAGAGUCGCUGUGGCCGCGCGACGCGGGGGCACACGGGGACCUGCCCCCCGGGUGGCUGCGGGUGCAGGACACCUCGGGCACCUACUACUGGCACGUCCCCACCGGCACCACCCAGUGGGAGCCCCCUGGGGGGCCCCACGAGACCCCCUCUGAUGGCAGCACCCCCACCGAGGCGCCUGCCCUCUCCUGGACGAGCUUCGCCCCAGCCGAGACCUUCGGCGACGGAGACUUGUGGAAGGACCCCACGGCCGAGGAGGAGGAGGAGGAGGAAGAUGAGGAACCAGGAGCGUCAGAUGCAGAGACGCCGUCGCCAGGCCCAGGAUCGCCAGGAGAGGGCAUGGCCCUGGGCGAGGAGGACGUGCUGAACUCCAAGGGCCUGCCUGUGCGCUCCCUGGGCUGGGUGCAGCUGCGGGAGGAGGAGCUGGGGCCCGGCCGCAGCAGCGGCACCGUCAGCGCCUGCAUCCGGCAGCUCUCGGGGCCCCGCGACGGCCCCCCCGGCACCUGGGGGGAGGCGCGGGCGCUGCUGCUGCUCGAGGGCCGCACGCUGAAGCUCGUGGACCCCCGGGACCGGGCGCUGCUGCACGCGCAGCCCGUGGGCGGCAUCCGAGUGUGGGGCGUGGGGCGGCACGGCAGCAGGGAGAGGGACUUCGCGUACGUGGCCCGGGACCCCCUGACGCAGGUGCUGAAGUGCCACGUGUUCCACUGUGAGGGGCCGGCCAGCGCCAUCGCCAUGGGGCUGCACCGGGUCUGCGCCCAGCUGACGGAGGAGCGGCGAAGCGCCCGAGCAGCGGCCAACGGGCUGGGCACGGACCACCCCCGGCUGGGGGAGCCCCCCCUGCAGGGUACGGGGCAUGGGGCUGGGGGACCCCCCUGCAGGGUACGGGGCAUGGG